GCCCAUACACUGCCCCCUACCCAUGUGCAGCAGGUCCAGCUGGGAGGAUGGAGGCCCGCCCACUCCCAGCCCCGAGGGAAGGAGGAGCCACAGCCCAGGUGGAGCAGGUGAAGAGCUCCGGCUCCAGCUCGUCCGGGACAGGGGAAGUGACUGCAAGCUGGCGGGCAGAGGCGAGAACACUGUUGGCCCCAGGAUCCAGCUCUGGGAAGCUGGCAUUGUCUCCCAGUCGCUGCCUCCUCGGAGGACUACAAUGGAAGAGGAAGGGGUAAGAAACUUCAAGGAACUUCAAGCCAAAUUUCAAAAGCUCAAUGCCUCACCUCUUCCAGGACCAAUUAAAUCUCCAGCUGGUGUUUCUCGAAAGGAUGAUAGAGGAUCCACACAGCCAGCUCAGGAUCUGGCAAAUAGGAAGUGCUACUCAUCGCACCACUAUCAAACCCUAUCUUAUUCUUCCACUGGAGUAUCCCAGCCUCUUACAAAUGAGAAAUUGAAGUCUGCUCAGAGAGAUGAAAUUCAGAAGAGUUCAAGUUCCUUGGGAAUUCCAGAAAAAUCUACUGUGUAUCCUGAAAGAAAUUUCCAGAAAGCUGCCAUGCUAUUGGAUGUGAGUACAUCAAGAGCUGAGAUAUCCGACAAGGAGAAAGGAAUGACCUUCAGCAGCUUUAGAUACAAACUUUGGAACUGGGAAAAAGUGUCAUCUCAGAAGAGUGAAAUGUCCCCACCUCCACUCCUUACCAACGGUGCCAUUAAGACCUUCCAUCUGGAAGGGCAGAAAACCAUGGGGCUUGCUCAGGGAAAACCAGAGAAGAGCCUGAAGACAUCAGGAGCCCAGACCCUUCCUCCCCAGAGCCAUUUGAUGGCCCAGAGAAAGUUGCCCGGGAUCUCCAAAGCCUCUGAUUCAUCACUUCCUCCACACAGCAGGAAGACCACAGAAAGCCCCAGCACCCAGGGGAGCCACAGGAGCAGCCCGUGCCAGCCUGUUUAUGAGUAUGAACUUGACAGCCUGGUUCCAGAAAAGCCAGAGAGCAGGCAUUGCCAGCUUCCCAAAACAAAGCCACUGCCUUCCAUUGAGACCCUCGGUCCACCUCCCCCGAAGCCAUCAAAGCCCCUAUUCGUGAACCUCUAUGCCUUCCAUAGGCAACCAGCUGCUGUCUCCAUGACCCUGAAAGAAGUGACUAUGAAGGAGAGCCCCCUGCCUCCAGACAGUGCAGAGUUGGAAGAAGCACAUAAUUAUGAUACAACAAUUUCAUAUCUGAGCCACUUUAGCAACUCCAUUAACUUCUGUGCUGCGGGAGAAAGUGCUGAAGCCACGUAUGAAAUUGAGAUUGAAGAACUCCAAAAGCCUUGGAAGAGUUUUCUCCUGCCAGAACUGAGUCCUAGACCUAAAGACCUAAACAGCAUGGAGGAAACAGAGCCAUGUGACUUGGAGCCUCCGAAGCCAAGGAAGGAGCCACGUCCUACCUAUCCUCCCAAGGUAGUUGUCUAUGAAGAGACUCCAGGAAAAACUCAGAUGACUGGAAUCCAUGAGAACAGAAGGAGUUUGCCAGCUGGAAACCAGGAAGCCAUGACUGACAUCAUUCAGAACAGGCUCUUUCCCGAGGAUGGCAUUUUAUUUUCCUCAUGGGAUGCCAUGACUAGGCAUUCCCAGGAUAAGAAUGGGUAUGUGGAAGCUUUGGAGGUGACAAAAGAAACUCCAAGUCCCAGCACCAUUAGGUCAAGCUCCUCUUCAGAGAAGACUUAUGAUGAUGUGGAGUGCUCCAGAGAAGACAUACGAAAAUGGGACUUCUCCAGCUCAUUCACCUCAGACAGUGAAGAAAAUAGUGAAGAAAUGUAUGAAGAUAUCUACAAAGCAAAGAAUAAUGACCCCAAAACAGAAGUAGCUGGAAGGGCAGCACUGAGAAGAUUGCAGCAGAUCUUCAGGAAAGAAAACAUAUUCGGAAUGAAGAAAACCAAGUCAAAGGAAAUUAUCAGCAAUGGAUUUUCCAUGUCAAUGCCUGACUUAGGACCUAGUUCUCAGGAUGGUAUCAUCUAUGAUGAUGUGGAUAUACGUGAGAAAGAAUCAAAAGAUGAAGAUAAAGUAAAAACUUGGAAGACUAAGUUUUUGAAACCAAAGGGAAAAAAUGGGGGGAAAGGCAGCCUUGGAUCCAAAAGUUUUUCUCCCAGACAUUUCUUCAGAACUAAGAAGCAAAAAUUAGAAAAGAAUAGAAUGAAAAAAGAGGAAAAACUCUUCAGAGAAAGAUUUCAGUAUGGUAAAGAAAUCAUGGUCAUUAACAGAGCUGUAGCGUGUUCCAGUAACUCACGAAAUGGAAUAUUUGAUCUGCCAAUAACUCCUGGAGAACAGCUGGAAGUCAUCGACACCACUGAGCAAAACUUAGUGAUAUGUCGCAAUUCCAAAGGCAAAUAUGGAUAUGUGCUCAUUGAACAUCUAGAUUUCAAGCAUCAGGGCUGAUCUCAUUAAGAAGGUCUACGUGAUGCCAGGAUGUGUCCUAGCUGCGAGUUCGGCCCCACAGCACUUUCAACUCCUGCCUCAAAAUGAGAUGGGCUGUGCAAACUUCUGUCAGAAACUCAGAAGAAAAACCCUCAACAAGUCAAUAACUCCUCAACUCCAUAAAAGUUUGCCUUUCAAUGUCUAUGUUCCUGCUGGUUCAGGAGCAUAGGAAGCAGUAUGUUAGUACGCGAGCACGUGCCUAAUGAGACACAGCCCACGUUAGAAAUCUCGCCUUCUAGAACUAGGGAGUUGGGCAGAUGGUGAGUGAAUUCUAAUGUCAGUAUACUGUGUGUGUAACUUCUUGGUGCAUAUCUACAUUUCAUAUGAAUUCUAUGUAGUAAUAAUGUGACCAUGUUCCUUUAAACGCCGAUGACACCACCACCUGAGCCAUAAUCACUUGGUUUGUUUUUUAACCAAGGUGAAAGACCGGAAGACAAGUACUGCUGAAGGGAAGUUUGUUUUGGGGGCUGGGGGGUUCUUUUCUAACUCAACCAGAACUAUUGUUUAGAAGUGUUUUAAGUAUAGUUAACAAAAAUGUGAAAAUAUAUACUUGUUGUAUCAUGUUAAAAUGGGGAAAAUUAUUUUUCUGUUGGCUAAAACACAUCCAAAUGCAUUUCAAAUGUAUUUACGUGACAGUAAGUAGAGACUAGAGAGUUGUAAGAUUCUGGUUCUACCUGAUAUGCACUGUAUGUUAAUAAAAUCUACAUAUGCUUUAAACUA